CAGAAUUUUCUAGGAAGUAGCGAGAAACAUCUGUGGUGUGUGCAAAUUAAAUUUUGUAGUUCAACAGGGACAAAAAAAUUCAUUUUUAUUAGAGAAAUUGGGCAAAUCACAUGUUUUAUGGUUCAGAUAUUAUUUUCACAUAAUUUUUAAGUUUUGUUCCAUUUUUUUUUUCCAGAAUGUAAUCACAGUUAAGUACUGGCUUAAAAUUGUCCCAGUCAUAUCUAAUUCUUUCCUCUGAUCCCCCACAGCACAGAACUCCUAUCUCAUCAGAGUGCUGACUAGCAUACCAGCCAUCUUGUCGCACUCGUAUUUCUGAUUUAAUCCAGUUCAGCCAUGCCUAAGAGCAGUAAAGUGACACAGCGUGAGCACAGCAAUGAACAUGUCACAGAGUCUGUGGCUGACCUGCUGGCCCUGGAGGCCCCUAUGGACUAUAAGAGUAGCCAGAUGAGCAUGAGCAUGCCUGGAGGAGGCGCAGCACCAAAGCCUGACAUCUCUCCAGACCUGGAGGAUGGCCGGCCAGCCUGGAACAGCAAGUUGCAAUACAUCCUCGCCCAGGUGGGCUUCUCAGUGGGGCUGGGCAACGUCUGGCGCUUCCCGUACUUAUGCCAGAAGAACGGAGGAGGUGCCUACCUUGUCCCCUACUUCAUCCUCCUCAUCCUCAUUGGCAUCCCACUUUUCUUCCUGGAAUUGGCAGUGGGUCAGAGGAUCCGCAGAGGAAGCAUUGGGGUCUGGAACUACGUUUGCCCUCGACUGGGUGGCAUUGGCGUGUCCAGCCUAAUGGUUUGUGGCUUUGUGGGUCUGUACUACAAUGUGAUCAUUGGCUGGAGCAUAUUCUACUUCUUCCAGUCAUUCCAGUUCCCUCUGCCCUGGGCUGACUGUCCCAUCCGGAGAAAUGGAAGCCAAGCCAUUGUAGAGCCAGAGUGUGAGAAAAGCUCCGCCACCACAUAUUUUUGGUAUCGUGAGACACUAAACAUAACCAGCAGUAUUGCGGACAGUGGAGGGCUAAACUGGAGGAUGACUCUGUCUCUGCUGGCUGCGUGGAUCAUUGUCUGCCUGGCUGUCAUCAAGGGCAUCCAGUCCUCUGGAAAGGUGAUGUACUUCAGCUCUCUGUUCCCGUAUCUGGUGCUCUUUUGCUUCCUGGUACGGGGAUUGUUUCUCAAGGGAGCGGUAGACGGCAUUGCUCACAUGUUCACACCAAAGCUGGAGAUCAUGCUGGAGCCACAGGUAUGGCGUGAGGCUGCAACGCAGGUUUUCUUCGCUUUGGGUCUGGGUUUCGGUGGAGUCAUUGCUUUCUCCAGCUACAACAAAAGGGACAACAACUGCCAUUUUGAUGCUGUCCUAGUGUCUUUCAUCAAUUUCUUCACCUCCAUCCUGGCCACGCUGGUGGUGUUUGCAGUUCUUGGUUUCAAGGCCAACAUUAUGAACGAAAAAUGUGUGGUGGAGAAUGCUGAGAAGAUUUUGGGCUACCUGAACUCCAAUGUGUUGAGUCAUGAUCUGAUCCCUCCUCAUGUUAAUUUCUCCCACCUCUCCUCAUCAGACUAUGCUGAGAUGUAUGAAGUUAUUAAAAUUGUGAAGGAGGACAGCUUUGCUCAGCUGGGCCUGGACCAGUGUCUACUGGAGGAUGAACUCAAUAAAGCCGUUCAAGGUACUGGUUUGGCCUUCAUUGCUUUUACAGAGGCCAUGACACACUUCCCAGCGUCUCCAUUUUGGUCAGUGAUGUUCUUUUUCAUGCUGAUCAACCUGGGUCUGGGAAGCAUGAUUGGCACCAUGACUGGCAUCACUACUCCCAUCCUUGACACGUUCAAAAUACGCAAGGAGAUCCUGACUGUGGUUUGCUGUAUCAUUGCAUUUUUUUGCGGCCUGUUAUUCGUCCAACGAUCAGGAAAUUAUUUCGUCACCAUGUUUGAUGACUACUCUGCUGGCCUUCCACUCACAAUCGUAGUCAUCUUGGAAAAUAUAUCUGUGGCCUGGAUUUAUGGCACCAAAAGGUUCAUGCAGGAUCUAGAAGAUAUGCUGGGUUUCAAACCAUACAGAUUCUACUUUUAUCUGUGGAAGUAUGUGUCUCCAAUCUGCCUCCUUGUUCUUAUUACUGCUAGUGUUAUUGAUAUGGCCAUCAGUCCACCUGGAUACAAUGCAUGGGUUCAGGACCUGGCGAUCGAGCGCUUCCAGAGCUACCCUACAUGGGCUCUGAUCAUGUGUUUCGCUCUCAUCGUUGUAGCCAUGCUUCCUCUGCCACUGGUAUUCCUCGCACGCCACUUUAACUGGCUUCCUGAUGGCUCCAACAAACUGUCCGUCUCCUACCGCAAGAGUCUGACGAAGGACACCUCCAACCUGGAGGACGAGACACGUUUCAUCCUGGGUAAACACACCAGCGAGACUCCCUCUCCCAUGCCCAGCCACCGGGCGUACCUUGGCCCAGGCAACACAUCACCUGUCGAGCUCAUCACCAACUCCACGUCCAUCAGCGGCUAUGGCAGCAGCUACCAGACCAACCCUGUUCCACCUAAAUCUGAGUCCUGAGUUCCUCCCUGAUCUGAAGGCAUCACCCACGAAAGACUGAUAAACCAAAAGGAAAAGGGAGAAGCCACAGCAUUUAUCAUUAUUUAAUUGAAGCCAUAAAGGGUGAGAGGGAUAAUGUGUGUGUGUGUGAGGGGGUAAUCAAUGAAUAAUAGAGGACUGAAAAAAAGGAAAGAAAGAAAACAGUCACAGAAGGACAUUCUCCAUAUUUAGCCCUAAUUAGCAGACGGUGAGUUGCAAUUAGUUCCUUCUCUUUCCUACCUACACCUACACAUUUGGACCAAAGGCAUUUCUACAGGAUAGCUGGUGGACAGAAAGCACUGAAUCAUCCACAUAACACUGAGAGAUUUACAUAAUCUUCCGGUAAGUCAUUCACUAAAAAAUGCCCUACUGAAUUUUACACAUACUGUAGAUAUGUAUAAGAAUGAAUGUAGAUUCAUUUUUUAAAAACAUUUAAGCCACUGACUAAUUAGCCACUGACCCUCCAUAGCCAGAAUCUUUGGAUCUAGUAAUGCUUACAGGGGAAUGAAGCACAAAGGUGUUUUAGUAUGUUUCUUUCUGUUGUAACUAUUCUUCAUGCCUGGGUUGAGGUGUGAAAACUGCUAAGUAGGGAUCCACUGAUCCCAUUUUUUUUUUACUUCCUUUGUCAACACAAUGCACAUAUCACAGUUCUGAAUAAUCGAUAAUACAUGAACCGAUGUAAAACCUAAUUACACAAAUAAUUGCAAAAGGCUUGCUCUGAGAAUCACAAAUUGAAAAGAG